AUGGGUGCCCGAGCGGUGCUUACGCUUCUACUCGGCGCAUGUGUCUGCUUUGCUUCUCGGAGCCGCACAGAGGCGGCGCACGCCUUUGCCCUGCCGACGGAUCGAAAGCUGCGGCGGCCUCCGCCAGUGGCUCUCGUCGCUAGGACAGCGACUGCAGGAUCUGGUGCAGAGCUGAAACAGUUCGUGCGCCCGAAGCAGCGCCUGCCUGGCCAUUCCGUGCUGGCCUUCUUUCGGGCCAUUGGGCUGAUGUGGACCAUGUUUUGCCUGUCAGCCGGGGUUGUCCCGGCCAUUUCAGCAGGACUUCCUGCCCUUGGCUUAGCCACAAUGUGA